CACUUGCACAUAAAACAUACCCAUGUCCUGAAUUACACAACUUUUUAGGGUUCUGAAAUAAUUCCCCUACCUCUUUCUGCUUGUUCCUAGCAGCUUUUUUUCCCCUUGUCUUAGAAACCAUAGUACAUAGAUGGCGACCGACCAAAUGAAGCCCAUUGCCACCCUUCUUUUGGGGCUCAACUUCUGCAUGUAUGUCAUAGUGUUAGGCAUUGGUGGAUGGGCCAUGAACAGAGCCAUAGAUCAUGGCUUUGUUAUAGGUCCAGGAUUUGAUCUUCCUGCUCAUUUUUCACCCAUAUACUUUCCUAUGGGAAAUGCUGCCACUGGAUUCUUUGUGACAUUUGCUUUGAUUGCUGGAGUUGCUGGUGUUGGAUCAAUCAUUUCAGGAGUCAAUCAUGUCCGUUCAUGGACUUCAGAGAGCUUGCCAUCUGCGGCUUCAGUUGCUUCCAUUGCGUGGGCUCUUACUGUUCUUGCCAUGGGCUUUGCCUGCAAAGAGAUUCAGCUUACCGGCAGAAAUGCUCGCCUGAAAACAAUGGAAGCUUUUAUGAUUAUCCUUUCAGCUACACAGCUUUUCUACAUAGCUGCUAUUCAUGGUGCUGCUGCAUAUAGGAGAUGAAAUUGAUGGUUGAGAGAUGUGAUGCUGUGAUUGUCCUAAUUUUUUUUUCUCGUCUUUUCUUACCUAUGAUUUAUUCUUUUUUUUUUUUGGUCCAAUAUAGUCUUCCCAUUUACAAACAGGUGUGAUUUAUUACAUGGUUGGAUUUGUAUUGAUUAAGAAUAAGUUGUAUACAAAAAUAUUAACAAAUAAUAUCUUCUGAAGCAUCUUUUACAGUAACAUUUAAUUACAA